AUGGUGUUUGUCAUCGCGGCUGCGGCCGCCAUCUUCGUGCUCGCCGCCGGCGCAGUGCUCUUGUACGGCGCAGCGAGCAUCCUUGCGGGCGGCUUCUUCCGCUUGGCGCUUGGCGCGUUGCUGGUGGGCAUGUCGCUUUCCAUCGUUUUCUCCACCACAGCCAAUCUGCUGCUGGUCACUUUUUCGCGCUACGAUCUGGAGCCUAGGCCGCCGAUAGUUUUUCUGCGCAGCUUCCUAGCAGCCAUGGGGCAGCCCACCCUGACAGGAGUUAUUGGCUUGUCGCUGGUGACGCUGGUUUCGCUGGCGGCCUCGAAGGUGCGAGUGAUGGUGGAAGAGAUGGACAUUCUGAUCCGUUCCCACGCCGCGUACGCAGCGCGUAGCGAUCGUACGGCUGCACCGUGA